CAAUUCUCCCCUUCCUAAACUGGACCCUUAUUUGUACCUAGGUAACGCACGACUCAUCCAUCGAAUCAUCCAACGGCUCUUCAACAAAAUCUUGAUUACCCAAUACAAUCUCACCUGAGGAGCUUGAUAGGCAGAGAUUACUACCUUAGUUAACAUAGCCUAUCCAUCCUCCGCCCUGAGACCACAUCCCCGCCCAUCUCACCUUCAGCCAUUGACUCAAUUCGCGCCACAAAGUCAUCCAGGUGACUUGUCAUGAAGAAUCAACCAUAACCAAAACCAUGACUGAAUGUCGUCGCUCGGUACUCUCGUGCGCGCGAUGUCGCCGCCGCAAAAUCAAAUGUGAUCGCGCCAUUCCAUGCGGUCAAUGCAUUGCCGCAAAAGCAGAUUGUACCGGCUUUAGUUCGAAGGACCAGGAUCCGAAUAUUCCACGAAGCAUCGUACAGCAUCUCGAGGCGGAAAUCGCCAAAGUCGAAAGUGAACUCGCUCGGAAUGGCCACCUCGAAGAACUCAAUGCCUCGGAUAUCCUGGCUGGCAUGCCGACCAACGAUGGCAUCCCCCUCGAAGAAAACGGCCUGUCCAUCAUCGAUCUUCCUAAACAUGACGAAACUCCCAAAAUACCAGUCGAACCACCGCCAUCAUCGACGGUGAAUGAAGCCUCCCGCAAUGAGAUAAUGAGCUGCGGCGAGAUCCAAGCCAUGAUCUUCGCCAUCCUCCCAACAGGGCCGGGCAUCACAGAUCUUAUAGCACGGGUCCGCAUGAGCCUGACUCCUUCCACCGCCAUCGCAUCGGGCAGUCCUAGGGAAGCACGUCGAAAAUCCUUUUCUCGUGCGAACAACGAAGUUAGCUGUGCCAUGCUGAAAAGUAUACCCACACCCAUCGUCCGAAGCCUCAUCAAAAAAUACAUGACCAGAGUCUACCCAAUUUUUCCCGUCUUACACGCACCCUCACUCUGGCAACAACUCGAUCGCGUGGUCAGAACUUUGCAAGAGUUGCCGGAACGACAUCGCACUGUUGCACCCUCGUUCGAUUUUCUCAUCGUCUACCUCAUGCUCUCCACCUCCGCCACGUUAGGCAGCGCCCGCACCGGCCACGAGACCAAACACAUGGUCUUCUCCAGCUCUCUCUUCGAAGAAGGUAUUCAGCACCUAUCCGACAAGGCCAAGAUCCCCUCCGACCUCGCCGGCAUCCAAGUCACCCUUAUGGUCCUACAGUACGCCUCCAUCAACCCCCGACUAGCGAACGUAUGGAUGCUCACCGGCGCGGCGAUGCGCGCAUGUCUCGAACUCGGCCUGCACCGCGAAGCCCCUGAAGCCCUCCAAUUCGACCAACUCACGCUGGACCUACGCCGCCGCAUCUUCUGGUGCGCCUACAACUUCGACCGGGCAAUCUGCUCCGCCUUGCAACGUCCGCUGUCCAUUCCCGACCAGAGCAUCGAUGCGCACUUCCCCUCGAUCCUAGACGACAGGCACAUCCAUCCGACCGGCAUUGACGCCACCGGCAGCGAGACCAAAGCACACAAUCUGCGAUGGAUCCACUUCCGGCGUCUGCAGUCCGCCAUGGUCGAGGUGCAUUUCCAAGGCAAGCCGCUCGAAGAGGGACAGAGCUGGGAAGACUGGCUGGUCUUGAUGGAACGACGUCUGCAGGCGUGGUACGAGGAUUAUAACGACGGACACGAGCUCACGGAGUUCACCCUCGCCCACGGCCUGACGAAUUUGCACCGUCCAUCUCCGCGUGUGCCGAUGCCCGGCCAGCGCAGUCUUAUGGUCGCCUUCGAAGCGGCGUGUUCGAGUGCGAAACAUCUGCGCGAUCACAUCUUGUCAGGAUUCUAUAGGCGAUCAUGGCUGAUCGCGCAUCAUGUCUUGGAGAAUAGUAUGGUCGUGUUGUUCUGUCUACGGCAUGGCUUUGAUACGAUAUCGGCAAGGUUCACCGCGCAGCAGAUCUUUGAAAUGACCAAGGUGUUCACGGCCAAUUUCCUGGCUUUGGCGGCGCAGGGGUGGAAUGAAGUCUCGAAUUACGCCGGUGUGUACGAGCGCCUGCUCGGACCGCUGCUCGAGUCGGUCUUCUCGAAUCGUCCUCCGUCGCUGUCGUCGUUCGGUCCCGCGCAAGACGCCGAGUUGUUGCGCCUGUUGUACCCCGGUCCUUCACAGCUGGAUAAAUUGCGCUUUGGGAGUCGGUCGCUUGACGGUGAUGGACUGCCCUCAUUCGACAUGGGCACUCUCAAUUGGGAGGACUUCAGCGUUAGUGAUGGACGAUCGGCCUCGGCCGAGGGAUAUGUGGCUGGAUGGGAUCUUUUCGAUCCGAACGCCGUCAGCGCAGCAGGGCACGAUUUUGUUUUCGGUAUGGCCUAGGAAGAACUCAUCGCAGAUGGACGAACUUCCACUUAUCGGUCUGCACUGGCCCACGUAACCUGGCUGUUGUUAUCUUCGGCACCUUCGACGCCGAUGCUUCCUUUGCCGUUCUCCUGAUGGCAUUGCUCAGUGGGGCCUCUGGACUUCUCCGGGUCGUGCUCUCCGACGCCAUUUUGGCAUGCCGGUACGAGUAUUGGCGAUGCUCCUAGCAGCACCUUGCGUGCCCGGACAAAAAUUCCAAGCCUCACUUGCUUGGUGUACGAGACCAAGCCGCCCUUUGGUAGGCUCGCACGCUGUUGGAUUAUGCAGGGAAGCGUAGCAUCUUACCCAAGACGCCGAGAAGUGGAAUGCUUCUCCAACCCACCGCUGGGGACAUGAUAAACCUACAGCAAGAAAUCAAUCAGAGCGCGGUGUCUAAGUGGAAUCAGCGUAUGAGAAAGGCCGUUGACGAGUGUGGGCGUUUGACUUGUAUGAGUUACGAACGGAUGAGUCGAAGCAUUGUCGAAAACAGGUGGGACGGGUAAAUUUUCAUGAUUUGGUUAUCCCGUUGAAAAAGUGCGACGUUUCGCAGCAUAACGUGGAUCUGAAAGUUUCUAGUCUAUACUAUAUCUUGGGAAAACAGCUUCGAUCCUUUUCA